AGCACUUAACAAAUCUUAUUCAGUGCUUCAACCAAACGAGAUGAAGUGGUUCGCUCUGUGUGUCUUAAUGCUGGCUUUGCUGGGUCUGAUUGCUGCGGCGCCUUCGGGUCAAAUACGUGUGCGCACCUCCUCCACAAAGAAAGUUUAUGUGCGCAAUGGCAAUAUCAAGUGGAAUGGCGAUUGCCACAAUUGCGACAUUCGCACCACCAAAAACACCGCCCAGGUGACCAGCACCAGAACCAAGCAAUGGACACGUAAAUGGUAAAAGGCCAUUAACGGAGCUUAAGUAAUUAGCUUAAUUAACUAAAUUACUCAAAUAUUUAUAAUUGUAUU